AUGUGUGUUUAUUUGCUUGUCGCCAUAGUUUUAUCUUAUUUGGCUUGGAUAAAAUGGAUUUACUCACGACACCGGACAACUUUGAUCAAGUCGUUGACACAUUUACUGAACUUUUUAUCGGACAGAGAAGCUGUUGGCGCCGACAUCAGAGCUCUGAUUGUCACUGCGCAUCCAGAUGAUGAAUGUAUGUUCUUCUCGCCAACGAUUAUUCGACUCGUUGAAUUAAACGCCAGCGUGCAUGUGCUGUGUUUAUCUGAAGGAAACUACUACAAUCAAGGAGUUCUGCGUAGAGAGGAAUUUCUCAGAAGCUGUGAUGUGUUGGGCAUACCAGACUCCAGAAUCUCUAUAGUAGAUCACAAAAAACUUCCAGAUGACCCCAAAGCGGAGUGGAGCAUCUCCCUGGUCUCCUCCACCAUACUGAACCACAUGCGAGAUCACUCCUUCAACGUGGUGCUGACCUUCGAUGGGAGCGGGGUGAGCGGCCAUGCCAAUCAUAUAUCCAUCCAUAAAGCUGUCAGACACCUAGCUUCCACAGGAGAAGUGCCCUGUGACUGCGUGUUCCUCGCCCUGGAGACUGUUGGCCUUCUCAGGAAGUACACGUCCUUCCUGGAGCUUCCCCUCAGCUGGCUGCUGCCCUCACAUCUCCGCUGUAUUAUUGGCUCAAAGGGCUACAAGCGAGCCAAAGCUGCCAUGUUGUGUCAUCGUACUCAACUUUUGUGGUUUCGGUAUCUGUACAUCACCUUCUCUCGUUACAUGUUCGCAAACACAUUCCACAUGAUUCCGCAGGGACCAAAGAACCUUAAGAUCUAUUAA